CUCCGCGGGAGCGCAGCCAGGCGGCCUCGCCCGGGGGCUGCCCGACGCCUCCCGAGCCCGCGGGGCUCUCGGAGGGGGACAGGGCGUGGGCUCCUUCCUCCGGCCAGGGAGAGCAGAGAGUAUGAAAGCCUACCUAAAGAGCGCAGAAGGCUUUUUUGUCCUGAAUAAAAGUACUACUGUGGGAAGGCACGAAGAUUCAGACCUUGUCUUAGAGUCUGCUGACAUCGACAACCAUCAUGCCCUCAUCGAAUAUAACGAGGCUGAGGACAGCUUUGUUCUCCAGGACUUCAAUUCCAGAAACGGCACCUUCGUCAACGAGUGCCACAUUCAGAACGUGGCCGUGAAGCUGCUGCCUGGAGACCUCCUGAGAUUUGGGUCGGGAGGGCUGACCUACGAACUGGUCAUCGAAAACCCAUCCUCGGUCUCCUUCCCAUGGAUGAGUGGCCCGGUACCUUGGCCAAGACCACAGCCACCUCGGGCCACACAGCAGGCGAAACAGUCACCCUCACCUCCACAGAUGCCCUUCCCCCCAGGCAUCCAGCCAGCACCCAUGCAGAGGAGCUGGUCCCAGGGGCUUCCCAGACCCACCAUGGUCCCGCCGGCCUGUCACAGGCGGCCCACGAGCGCUGGAGGGAAGAUGUUCUCCUUUGUGAUGGAUAGCACCUACAGGCCUCCCAUCAUCAAGCAAGUGUGGACCAACGCCAUGGAGCUGUCGGAACAGUCAGUGCCCGAAGGGAUUCCGGAGGCAGGACCUUCCAGGGAGAUUUAUGUGGACCGGGACCCAGCCCAACAGGAGAAGGAUGAAAUCAUUCUGCUACUGGGGAAAGAAAUCAGCCGUCUCUCGGAUUUUGAACUUGAAUCCAAGUACAAAGACGCCGUGAUAGUGAACCUGCAGAACGAAGUGGCCAGCCUGAGUCAGAGGCUGUCGGGGCAGACCUCCCCCGGGCCGAAGGAGAGGGGCGUCUCUCAGAAGUCCCAGGCUCUGGAUGAUGACAUCGAUGCCAAACAGAGAGAGAUCCAGACCUUGAAAAGCCAGAUCAGCGCGCUGCAGAAAGGCUACAACCAGGUGCUGCACCAGACCCUGUCUGAGAGGAACUCAGAAAUCACAUCCCUGAAGAACGAGGGCGAGAACCUGAGGAAGGACAAUGCCGUCACCUCAGGGAUGGUGUCAUCUUUGCAAAAAGAAGUGUUAACAAGGGAUGAGCAAAUCCAGCGACUCAAACAGGAGGUGAACCAACUAAAAAGUGAGAACAAAGAAAAGGGCCAUCAGCUGGAAGUCCUCAGCUCCAGAUGCCACACGCUGAACGAAGAGCUAAAAAAGGAAGAUUCUCAGAAGGAGCACCAGGAAGCCCAAGGGAAAGAGUUAAAACUUUGCAAAACUCAAAUCCAGGACAUGGACAGAGAAAUGAGGAAGCUCAGGGAGGAGCUGAAGAAGAGCUCUGCGGAACAGAACACGAUCUCUAGAACGCUGCGAGAAAAGAGCAAGGUUGAAGAGAAGCUUCAGGAGGAUUCCAGAAGGAAAUUGCUCCAGCUGCAAGAAAUGGGGAACAGAGAGAACCUCAUUAAAGUCAAUUUGGAAAGGGCAGUAGGUCAGCUGGAGCAUUUCAGAAGUCAGGUCAUCAAGGCCACCUCCGGACGAGUGAAGCCGCUGCUGGACCAGGCCGUCACCGACCAGCAGUUAACAGAGAAGAUUACCCGGGUCACUGAGGACAGCAUGCACCUGCAGCAGAAAAAAUGGGCCCUGCAGAAGGAGACGCAUCUCCACAACUCCAAAUGGGAGGAAAUCACGGAGAACGUUGAGAAGCUGAAGACGUCGUUGGACAGCUGCCAGGCGUGCAUGAAAAUGUCCUGUGGUAGCAAGGACCUGAAGAAGGAGCUGGACCUGCUGCAGAGCCUUCAGGUGAGCCCACCUGUUUCAGGGCUCCAGAAGGUGGCGCUAGGCAUCCUGCGUCUGUCGCUGUCCUGGCUGGAGGGCACGGAGCGCCUCCUCGGGGACGUCGGGAUCCAGCUGUCCAGCUCCGAAGCAGGAUUGUCUUUGUAUCUGCAGUAUCUCCUGAUACAUUAUAAGAAAAUUACAAGCCAAGCCCAGGAACUUCAGAUCAAGAUCCACAGCUCUCAGGAAACCCAGCAGUCGUUCAUGCAAGAGAAGCUGCGGGAGCAUCUGGCAGAGAAGGAGAAGCUGAAUGAGGAUAGGCUGCAGCAAGAGGAGAAGCUGAGAGCCAGAAUCAAGCAGCUGUCAGAAGAGAAAGCGGAUUUGGAGGAAAGCAUUGCUCAAGAGAAAAAAAGAGCAAAAGAAGCACUAGAAGAAGAGCAGAAGAGAACCGAAGAGCUGGAGAGUCGCCUAACCCACCAGAGGAAGGUUUGGGAGGAAAGCGUUACUGAAGAGAGAAACAGAAUGAAGAAAGCAUUAGAAGAUGAGCAGAUGAGAGUCCAAGAGCUGGAGAGUCGCUUAACCCACCAGAAGGAGGUUUUGGAGAGCAGCGUGGCCUCUGAGAAAAGGAAAGCGAAGGAAGCGUUAGAGACAGAAAAGCGAAAAGUUCAAGAUCUGGAGAACCACUUGACCCAACAGAAAGAGAUCUCAGAGAGCAGCAUCGCCUACGAGAAACACAAAGCGAAAGAGGCCAUAGAGAAGGAAAAGAAAAAGGUGCAAGAUCUGGAGAACCGCAUAACCAAGCAGAAAGAGGAAAUAGACUUAAAAGAGCAAAAAGAAGAUGUUUUAAAUAAUAAAUUAAAUGACACACUGGCCAUGCUGGAAGAGGCUCGGAAAACCAAGAUGGCCGAGACUCUUAAAGUGGAGAGCCUCACCGUGAAAUUAAAUGAAACGUUAGCUGAACUGGAAACGGCCAGGACAAAAUCGAUCAUGACGGAGGAGCAGAUGCAGCUGCAACAGCACACGGUAAAGGCCCUCCAGGAAGCCCAGGAGACCCAGAAACACGGAUUUGAAACCGAAAUCAUGGAAUACAAGGAGCAAGUCAAACAGCACUCCCAGACGAUCGUGAGCCUGGAAGACAGGCUGCAGAAAGUGACCGCGCACCACAGAAAGAUAGAAGGAGAGAUUGCGACCUUGAAGGACAAUGACCCAGCCCAGGAGGAGGCGACCCAGCCUGAGCGCCCGGCGGCACCUCCGACGGAGAGCAGCAUCAAAAACGAAGUGUGUGAUUCCUUGAUAGGGGAUCUACUGACGGCUCAGAAGGAAAUCCUGUCUCAGCAGGAGGUCAUCAUGAAGUUAAGGAAAAACCUCAGGGAAGCCCACAACCAAAUGUCAGACUUGAGAGGGGAGCUUAAUGAAAAGCAGAAAAUGGAACUGGAGUGGAACGUGGCGCUGGUCCAGCAACAAAGCAACGAGCUGAGAGCGCUCAAGGAAAAGGUGUCACAGCUGACUGGCCUGGUGGAAAAGAAGGACAGGGAGCUGGUGGUCCUCAAGGAGGCACUCAGGGCCUCGAAAGAGAGACACAGAGUCCAGCUGCCCAAGGAGAAGGAGCAGAAGUCCAAGAACACGACCCAGAUGUGUGACAUCUCGGUGCAGAUAGAACCCGUCCACACUGAUCUUUUCCUGAGCAGCCAAGACGAAUCCUUCAGUGAUCUAGGGGCCAAGUGCAAAGGGUCCCGACAUGAGGAAGUCAUUCAGCGUCAGAAAAAAGCCUUGUCUGAACUGCGCACGCGAAUUAAGGAGCUUGAGAAGGCCUGCUCAGCAAAUCGUAAGGACCACCUGAAUGAGUCAUUUCUAGACCUAAAGACUGUCAGAAUGGAAACAAGUGGCCAGAAAACUUUGGAUGCAAACCCUGAUUUGCCAACUUCCUCAAGAAUGGAGAUCAAAGCGCCUCAGAACGGCGCUGCCAACUCAGCCAGCCCGAACCUCAAGUCGGGGAAACUGGAUGUGGUGGAGGCUUUAGAUCUCAGUGAAAAGCUGUACAUGGACAUGAGUCAGACGCUCGGGAGUCUGAUGAACAUCAAGGACAUGUCCGGUCACAUAUCCAUGAAAUACCUCUCCCCCAAAGAGAGACAGAGAGUCAACCAGCUCCGACAGCGGGACCUCGAUCUGGUGUUCGAUAAGAUCACCCAACUCAAGAACCGGCUGGAGAGAAAAGAGGAGCUUUUGAGAGGAUACGAGAAAGACGUAGAACAGCUCAGGCAGAGCAAAGUGUCCGUGCAGAUGUACCAGUCCCAGGUGGCCAGGCUGGAGGACAGCAUCUACAAAGAGGCGGAAGAGAAGGCGCUGCUGAAGGAGGCCCUGGAGCGCAUGGAGCAGCAGCUGCACGAGGAGAAGCGGAUCAACAGGGCCAUCAGGCGGCAGAAGGAACGUUUAGAGGAUCUCGAACAGAGAAAUGCAAAAGAAUCAACAUCUUGCAACUGUUCCUUCAAAGAGAAAGAGAGGCAGAGACGAAUGUUUGUAGAGAAGGUGAAGAACAAGAUGCAAAACUCAAGUUUCCAGGUUGGAGCCAGAAAAGCCACCCAAAAGAUGGACCAAGAAAGGGAGACACUGAAGAGAGAGACAUCCAGCAAAUCCAGCCAGAGCCUGUUUUCCAAGCCCGAUAGCAGGAACUAGAAAGGCCAUCCCAUCAGGCCUUGCGUGAUCCUCUCUGAGGCUUGUAUGUGACUCUUCUGUGUCAAAAUACGAAGAUGCUUUUGUAGGACUUUAAAGGCUGUUACCCCAGUGUGUCGCCUCCUAGACUGGUAUUUGCACAAUGCUGUAUUUUGGAGUGUGUAGGGAAAGGGGUUCUUUUUUAAAAUACUUGCAAAUGUGUACAUCCUCAGGCAUAUGAAGCCAGACUCCUAGGCCCGGUGGAUACAGUGAUGGGGUUCCACAUUUGCCUUGUGACGCACCCACACAUCUGCCUCCACAGAGCUCCAAGAAACCCGCAGCUGGCGAAACCCACCACGGGCACUGGGGCCGCAGGACAGAAAGGCAGCCUCGGGGCUGAGGCUGAGUCCGUGGCGGAGCACAUUUAUCUCUGAGUUUAUUAUAAUAAAAUUAGCAUGCCGA